UUGAACUCAGAAAAUUCAGACUCAGAAAAGAACAUCGCUUACGAGCGACUCAACGCAUUUAGAAAGGUGAUCGAGAGUCUCGCAGACAUCGUGGAUAAGAUGGAAAUCAAGUGCUCCGACUCGGGACUGGACAUCCAGGUGAUGGACUCGAUGCAUGUUGCCCUGGCAGACGUGCACUUCUCAAGAGAAACAUUCACGAGCUACAGAUGCGACAGGGAUGUGCAGCUGGGCAUCCCAAUCAAGCACUUCCUCACCGUCCUUAGGGGAAUAGCCCUUGAGGAGAAGAGUCUUCUGAGAUUUUCAUGCGAGGACGAGCCCCAGGCCCUCAAAAUCGAGCACAUCCUCCCAAACUCCCAGUUCGAGUUUGACAUCACUCUGUACCAAAUAGGCACAGAGUCCUACUCAGUGCCGGAGCUCGAGUUCGACACAAAGGUCAGAAUGCCCUCGGAGCAGUUCAGAAACAUCUCGCGGCUUAUUGGGUCGUUUGGAGAGUAUAUCAACUUUGAGUGCGAAGACAAAAGGCUGGUUGUCAAGCAGAAUGGAGACCUGAUAAAGAACAACAUGAGUCUGAAGCCAAACGAGGAGACCGUGUUUAUCGACGCGACAGCCCCUGUCAACUUAGAGAUAGCCAUGAAGUAUGUUAAUAUUGUCAAUAAGGUGUCCACCCUCAGCAGCGAGGUAAGAGUCAACCUUGGAAACUCGACGCCGGUGUUUUUUGAAGUCGACAUCGGCAGCAUUGGAUACAUCAAGUUCUAUAUUGCGCCAAAAGCACAAAAUUAA